UAAAAGGGUGGUAAGGAAAGAAUGGAGAAGAAUUUAAAAUGAAAAUACGUAGAUUGUAUUUUACUGAGUCAUAAGAAACUAAUACAUCAAUUUGAGGUUCAACUGACUGCGAUAAAAUAGGGUCAGAGGAGUAGGAAUUCAGAAAGUAAGAAAAUAAGAAGAGACUGGGACAAGAAUCACUAGGUAGAAGACAGAUGAGCUGGAAGAGUAUGUGCAUACAAGCAUGGACUAGAACUCUCAUCAUUUUUCUAACUGGCAAGUGUCAGUGAAACCAAAUGAUAAAACUUCAUCUUUUUGCUCCUUCAAAUAUUAUACAGCAAAGGAGGUGGCUACAUGUUUCUGUUCUGAAGCAAUUAGGAAUAUUAGCUGUAAAGCCCACAUGAGGGAAUUUUGCUGAGAUUUUGGUUUCUUCUUUGACUUGGAGAGCUUCACAGUUGUAAAAUCCAACAGCAGCAGCAGCAGCUUCAGGAAAUGCCAGAAUGCAGGUAUUCCUUUUGGAAAAUGCCAAACCGGAGGUUUGCUGAUGGCGAGAUGGUGAUGGGCCGUUGGCCAGGAAGUGUCCUGUACUAUGAAGUACAAGUGACUAGUUACAAUGAUGUUUCUCAUCUUUAUACUGUUAAGUACAAAGAUGGGACUGAACUUGAGUUGAAAGAAAGUGAUAUAAGGUCACAGUCAUCGUUCAAGCACAGGAAAAGCCAGUCCUCUUCAAGUUCUCCAUCCAGAAGAAGUACUAGCAGGUCUCGAUCUAGAUCUCCUGGUCGGCCAGCAAAAGGCAGGCGUCGUUCUUCUUCCCAAAGCAGAGAACGUAAAGAUGACAAAAAGAAGACCAUUCAGGAAACCAACAUAGCUCUACUGAAACCAAGUGAGAAUAACACCAGAAGGUACAAUGGUGAACCUGAAAGUACAGAAAGAAAUGACACAUCACGCAUAACUUUGGAGCAAAAGUUGAAGCCAGACCUGGAAACAGAGCGUGUACUUGAACAGUACAGCUUGCGCCCAAGAAAAGAAGAAAAGAAAAAAGAAGAGAUAUAUUCGGAGAAAAAGAUUUUUGAGACAAUAAAAACAAUUGAGAAAGCAUCAUCAAAAACAAAGGAACUAGAGUUUGGUGGAAGAAUUGGGACCUUCAUGCUGAUAUUUUUCCUGCCUGCUACUGUAUUCUACUUGCUGUUGAUGUGCAAACAAGAUGACCCCAGUCUUAUGAACUUCCCUCUUCCUCUCCCAGCACUUGAAAGCCUUUGGGAGGCUAGAGUGUUUGGUGUUUUUCUUCUGUGGUUUUUCCUUCAAGCUCUGUUUUACUUACUGCCAAUUGGAAAGGUUGUAGAAGGCCUGCCCCUUUCAAAUGGAAGGAAACUGCACUACCGGAUAAAUGGGUUUUAUGCUUUUGUUUUGACUGCUGCAGCUAUUGGAACUUUAUUAUACUUUGAAUUUGAACUUCAUUAUUUGUAUGAUCACUUCAUGCAGUUUGCAGUGUCAGCUGCAGCUUUCUCUAUGGGCUUGAGCAUUUAUCUGUACAUUCGGUCCCUGAAAGCACCUGAGGAAGAACUAGCACCAGGUGGAAAUUCUGGGUAUUUUGUUUAUGAUUUUUUUACUGGACAUGAAUUAAACCCUCGUAUUGGCAGUUUUGACCUCAAAUACUUCUGUGAGUUGCGUCCAGGAUUAAUUGGCUGGGUUGUUAUAAACUUGGCAAUGCUAUUGGCUGAGAUGAAGAUACACAAUCAAAGUAUGCCAUCUCUGUCAAUGAUACUCGUGAACAGCUUUCAGCUUCUUUAUGUGGUGGAUGCUCUUUGGAAUGAGGAAGCGAUUUUGACUACAAUGGACAUUACCCAUGAUGGAUUUGGAUUCAUGCUAGCAUUUGGAGAUUUGGUGUGGGUUCCGUUUGUCUACAGUCUGCAGGCCUUCUAUUUAGUUGGUCACCCUACUGCAAUUUCUUGGCCUGUUGCUGCUGCAAUUACCAUUCUGAACUGUAUUGGGUAUUACAUAUUCCGUAGUGCAAAUUCUCAGAAAAAUAGUUUCCGAAGGAAUCCAGCAGAUCCCAAAUUGGCCUAUCUGAAAUUUAUACCCACUGCAACUGGAAAGGGGCUUCUUGUCACGGGUUGGUGGGGUUUUGUUCGUCACCCUAAUUAUCUCGGUGACAUCAUCAUGGCUCUAGCAUGGUCCCUACCCUGUGGUUUUAAUCACAUUUUACCAUAUUUCUACGUGAUAUAUUUCAUCUGUUUGCUUAUUCAUCGAGAAGCUCGUGAUGAACAUCACUGUAAGCAAAAAUAUGGCUUGGCAUGGGAAAGGUAUUGUCAGCGUGUACCAUACCGCAUAUUUCCUUACAUCUACUAGAGCACUCCAGAUGCCUGAUUUGCAAAUUACUUCUAAAGUUAGUUUCUUUGCAAAUAAAAAUAUACCUCUUACCUUUGCACUUGGUCUAUUUGUUAUUUAGGCUUUUUUUUAAAAAAAAAAAAGAUAGAAAAAAGUGACCAAACAUUGGAGUGCAUCAACAGGUAUUUACAAGUCAUCUUAAAUACGUGAGUUAUGUGAACUGACUGUCUGUGACUUCAAUUUUUAAAAUAUUGUGAAUUUUUAAAAGUCUCGGAGCCCUAAUUUUUCAAGUUAAAUUUUAUCUAGCAUCCUGAGUUUACAUUUUUUUAUUGCAUUUAAUUAAGCACUGUGAUGUAAAGUAUAUUAUUUUCUUAAUGCAAUAAAUACAGAAAUUCCAUCCAGUUCAUUUUUUGGUGUUACUUGUACCAUCUAACUUCAGACGUCUGACUUGGUUGCCAAAGCAGCAGGGUCUUUUUGGUCAGUGGAUCUGGAAGCAGAGGAUUUGGCUCACCUGAGGGGCCUGGCCCCGGAGCUGGCACAGCUCAGCUGGGUGAUCGUCCCCCUCCUGCCUUUUCAUUAAUGGGACUUUUUUUUUUGGUCAGGGAGGCUCAGGUGGCCCCUGCAGGGAUGGGCUCAGGAGAUGUGAAGGGGCACAGCUGUCCCCUCCCAUCCCAUCCCAUCCCUGCAUUCUUGAGGCAGUUUCAGCACGGACCAGGGGGGACUCUGAGCUGCUGCCUGGCAGCGUCCCUGACCCCAGAGAGGAGCCGCGCUUCUGGCUCAGGCUCCUGAAGGUAGAUGAUACAAACACUUGUUUCGGCUGUGGGCAGAGCUGUGGAAGCGAGUAGUGAACCUUAUCCUGCAACGAGCACUGAACACGGGGUAGCAAAAGGCGCAGUGUGUGCGUAUUUGGCAGAAAAGAAUGAAAUGACCACAGUUGGGUUAGUCACAUCUUUGUAAAUUAUGUCUUAAUGUACCAUAGCGUUUACCGAGUGUGUAUAAUAAAGCCUCCACCUUUUUGCUGUACAGUGUUUGGAUUUGAAAAUGCGAUAGCUUUUUUUUAGAAACAAGGGAAAUCAGUAACUAAAUCAAUUGCCAGUAAUUCUUUUUAAAAACGUUAAUUGAAUAAAGGUUUUUGUAAAUUAAUGUAUUAAUUCUUGAAACAAUUGAAGUGUUCAUUUAAAUAUUUGUAUUGACAGAUAUGCUAUGAAAAUGCAGGAAAUGCUCCUCAAUCCAAAGUUGUUUUUUUUUAAUUCGGCAUUGCUACCUCAUAUGUAGGUUUUGCCUUUUGUACUGUUGCAGAUAGAGAAAAUAGCUAUUUUUUUGCUAUUGCUAUUUAAAACAACAUUUUUUUACAUGAGCCUGUGGUUAAACUCGACCACUUUCUAAUAUAUUUUUGUAUAUAUUUGACUUUUUAACUAAUGUAUGUGUAACUAGGCACUAGUUGUGUUUUUGUCUAACUGGCUGUAAAUGAGAUGCCCUUGCAGGAUUUACUUCAUAAGUAGAAUAAUUUUAUAUUUUACCAAAAUAAUUUUGCAUUAACUAACUUUUCUUCUGUCGUCACAACUUUUCACAUACUUCAUACAUGAGGUUUAUAGCACAAAUUGUCCAAAAAAAGCUUAUUAGAAUUUUAAAUACAGAGCGGGUACCUCUACAUUUGCUUGCAGGAAGGUUCCUAAUAAAUCAGGAUGUUGCUAUUACUCAUCAAUUGAUUUAAAUUCUUCUAAAAUGUUGAUGUAAUGAAAUCUAGCAUGGCAUUUUUUUAAAUAAAAGAUCCCUCUAUUUUGUACACAGGCAUUUUUUAACAGAGAAUUGUACAUUUGAAGUGUAUAUAAUGUAGCUUGAUUGUGACAGUCUCCUCCGAAAAUCUGUGUGUUAGUGUUGUAAGGAAAAUGUUUUGAGACAAGUACUUUGAUUCCUGGAAGAAAACAGCAGUGCCUGUAACAACGCUGAAGAGCAUUUACUCCUGUGAAGUCGCAGAUUAAACUGGGAUACUUUUUUCAAUGGUUGCCCAGUGGGUUAAUGGAAAAUAGAGCAAUCGUUUAACUGCACCAGUUUGCAGCUGGUGUUUUAAAAUGUACCGGGAGGGGGUGGGUGGAGGGGGCAGUUUAACUCCUCAGCCUUUAAGCUAGGAGAUGCUACGGCCGUCCCAGUUUUAUCUGUUGCUACACAAGGUUGUUAAAAUGUAAUUUGGAGCCCUUGUCUUUCAGGAACAGAGCCUGACCAAUGAUAACUCCAGUUUAUUUACAUGCCGAGUUUUAUGUGAAUUUGAUUUUGAAGUAACUGUUUUUAAUUCAAACAAGCCUAU